AUGGACCUGAAUUCUUAUCCCCUAGACACUUCUAUUAAGUCAUCAAACUUGUAUAACAACACGGAUCCAAGGGAUGAAAAUUUGGCAAGAGCUGAGGUUGCUAUACUUGGAACCAUACUAGCAGUAACUACCGUGGGUAAUUUGUGUGUCAUAUUUUCCAUAUACAAAAGAAAGAAGAAAUUGACUAGGAUGCAUCUUUUCAUUGUACACCUUGGGGUCACGGACCUGGCAGUAGCUGUCUUUCAGAUCUUACCCCAAAUGAUUUGGGAUAUUACCUUUCGGUUUAUUGGCUCUGACUUUCUGUGUAGGAUUGUGAAGUAUACCCAAGUAAUGAGCAUGUUUGCAUCCACUUAUAUGCUGAUGAUGAUGACUAUUGACCGAUACAUAGCAGUCUGCCACCCUCUGAAGACUUUACAACAACCUAGUAGGCAUGCAUAUAUCAUGAUAGGGGCUGCAUGGAUCUUUAGUUGUCUUUUAAGCCUUCCUCAGAUUUUUAUUUUUUCUCUAAAGGAGAUCACACAGGGCUCAGGAAUCAUAGACUGCUGGGCCGAUUUCAGAUACCCAUGGGGUGCUAAAGUCUACAUCACUUGGACCACUAUAUCCAUAUUUAUUGUACCAGUGGGCAUUCUUGUACUAUGCUACAGCUUAAUCUGUUGUGAGAUUUGCAAGAAUCUUAAAGGAAAAAUGCAAACAGCUGGGCCAGGUCAGAGAGGAAGCAAUGGGCAGGGGAUGCCUUCAAGGGUCAGUAGCAUCAGGACCAUCUCAAGAGCUAAAAUCAGAACAGUGAAGAUGACUUUCGUCAUUGUACUUUCCUACAUCAUAUGCUGGACACCUUUCUUCAGUGUGCAGAUGUGGUCAGUGUGGGACGAAAACUCCCCUGAUGAUGAUUCCACAGAUUUUGCAUUCACCAUCAGUAUGCUCCUGACUUGUUUGAGUAGCUGCAGUAAUCCCUGGAUCUAUAUGUUCUACAGCAACCCCCAUCUGUGCCGCAGAGUUUCUCACCCCCAUGCUGGCAGGCAGAAUUCUACAGGCAGUGCUUCCAGCCGCCGGGACACCCUUCUUACCCAGAUUCCAACCCGCUCUCUGCUCAGAGGCAGGGAUACACCAGGAAUCUGUCGAAGCUUUAGAGAUAUAUAUGCAGCAUAUGAAGACACAGUUAUAGAGUCAGGGCUCUUGUAG